CAUAAUAGGACCCAUCUCAUCCAAAAGGUUGACUCAAGUUUGCCAAAAAAGCACCUGGAAGCACCUGGAUGAUCAUCAAGACUCUUUGAAUGAUGAUUUAUGGACAGAUGAGUCAAAAGUAUGACUUUUUGGACGGCAUUGGUCCCGUUAUGCCUGGUGGAAACCUAACACUGCAUUCCACAGUAAGAACCCUGGUUCUCUGCGGUGGUGUGAUGGUUUGGGGAUGCUUUGCUGCCUCAGGACCUUGUCUACACUCAGCCUCUCGCCGUUAGCUAACAGGUUUGCAUGUGCUUUGGAUCCUAUCAUGAAGAUAAAUAAUUGUCACAUACAUCCUUGUCAGUUAUUUUUUUCUCCAUAACAUUAUUACUACCAUUUGAAUGAACCAUGUUUUGUUUGGAGUGUGUUUUGGUUUCAAGAUGAUGAUGUUGAUCUUGUACCCCUAACACCAAUAGUGGUAUGCUCAUAAAUGAAUCAACUUAUUGCUAUACCUUCUUCCUGGAGUGUCAAUGUAUUCAUCUGCCAGGUUGAAGCAAGAACAAUACUGUAUUACAAAGUGCUAAAUUAGGGCUGUGGCUUUAAGGUGUUGUUUUUUUUUAACCCGUUAAGUACGUUAAUCUGUAAUGUAUUGGAAUGGUUUGUAUGUUUCUCAGAUAAUAUGUAUAAAGAAGCACACUACGUAUGUAUGCUAUGUAUAGGACAUAUUUCCAGAGGUGUUUCCAGAGGUGUUCGCCGACCUUUACCCAUUGCUCAGAUGUAAAUUUGUUCUGAGCUCUGGCUGCAAAUUUUAUCAGCUCAUAGAGAAUACAACUACCAUAUCAACAAAGUGAAAUUGAUUCGGUUUAUAUAAAUAGAAGUGAUAUCCCAGAAGGGUUGAGAAUAUUUAUUAUUUCCAUUUUGGGGAAAGGUUUUGGGAGUGGUAAACUGGGUUACCUAGAUGUUAAUAUGGGGGACUGCACUUUAGUACUUUAUGCAGUGGGGGAUAUGCACCUAUUUAAUGUACAUAUUUCAGUGAUUACUGUUUCAGUGUCCUAAAAUAGCUUUUCAACAAUAAAUAUACACUAAUUCAAGGAUUAGGGUUGUGUUUUAUCGCUCCUGGUUCAAAGUGGUGUGUGUGUGUGUGUGUGUGUGUGUGUGUGUGUGUGUGUGUGUGUGUGUGUGUGUGUGUGUGUGUGUGUGUGUGUGUGUGCGUGCGUGCGUGCGUGCGUGGCGCCUAUAGGCUGCAAAUAAGCCAUAUUCUUUCUUAGAGUAGCCUAUUAAGUAUGGCUCUUCUUUCAAAACAAAAAGACUGGGCGCGCCCGUGCACAUUGACGUCCCUUGUGUCCAAAUCCUCUCCGUUCCAUUCAGAGCGAAAAGUAAACAAGUGAGCUAUUUGUUUAAAGCUCCCGUUGUUCUGUUCGUUAAGGCGAGCGAGCACUAAUCUGCUUUUGAAUAGGUCGAUUCGAGGAGGAACAAAUGUUACACACGAUUUUCCAGCAACACGCCAACCUGCCGCUUUGACGGCUUUUGUUUGUCCCCAACAUAAUUCACCGUCCUAUAUGCAUCACAACGGCAGGAUGAGAGAAUAUUCAUCAGGAUUAAACCUAAUAGUAUUAGAGGAUUAUUAUUAGGAUUGGAAUUAUGUGAUACUUGACUGGUCCCGCAUAAUAAUGCCUGCAGCACAGUAAGGCCUAUCUAAAAUAGUGCCCAGGUUUGGCGACAUGUGGGAAUGGGUUUGAUUUUCUACCUUGGUAGUUUUGAAGAAAAGGAUGGCAUUGCUUUUUUGUUUCAGUUCUAAUAUUACGUUUGACGAAUCCACUGUCCUUGAGAGAUAACACAUUUAUGCCUAAAUCUAUUUACAACCCCCUAAUCUGAAUCGGGUAACCUGCGACUCAUCGCGCCCAGUGGUGGGGGGUAUUCGAUUCACAUGCUAAACUUUUUAGAACCUCUGAUUUUAAUUAGUGACGUAUGAAAAUCCCUGAUUCGUUUAAAUCGUCACCUGAGCAGCCAGCAUUCAGAGGCCAGUAACUUUUCAGAAGAGAGUUGGUUGACAGUAUGGCUGCACCUACCGUUAGUUGCCAGAUCAGGCUGGUUGACGCAAAGCCAGUUUUCACCAUAGACCGCAUCCUUGGGUUGAAUUUGGACAGGCCAGGCCUACAAAAUGUGUCUGUGAAGCUGUAUCGACCUUGGACAGAAUUGGAACCAACGCAACAGAGAAGUCACACCAUAGUCAAUAGACCAUCGGAGCCUUCCGCAGAGAUAAAGGGGACAGUAGAAGAACAGAAGCUCAACUGUAAACGACACUUUACGGAGUCCUACAGGAGAACAUUAAACUGGUACAUUGGGCGCAGGCCGCGGACGGCAUUCAGUAGCACACAGAUUGAAGUCUUGGAGAGUGUGUUUCUCAUCAACUCAUAUCCGGGUAUUGACAUCAGAGAUGAACUGGCACAAAGGUUACAUCUGGAGGAAGAUAGAAUACAGAUCUGGUUUCAGAACCGCAGGGCCAAGCUGAAACGUUCUCACAGAGAGUCACAGUUCCUCAUGGUGAAAAAAGCCUUCGCAGAUCUCAAGGACAAAGAAGAGGAAUAGUCCUUAUGAUAAACACAGACCUUAUAGGGGCCUUAAUUACCUUAAUUAAGCUCAUCACGCUCUCUUUCUCCCUCUCUCUCUAUAUAUAUAUUUAAUAUAUUCUAUGAUGUAAAUGUACAUUUUUCCAGGGCAGUGUUUCCCAAACUCGAUCCUUGAGUCCCCGAGGUGUGCACGUUUAGCUUUUUUCCCUAGCGCUCCUAACCCUACACAGCUGCUUCGAAUAAUCCAAGCUUGAUGAGUUGAUUAUAUGAAUCAGCUGUGUAGUGCUAGGGCAAAAAAGUAAACAAAAUGUGCACCGAGUUUGGGAAACCCUGUUCUAGGGUAUGUUCGUUUUUAUAAACAGAUAAGACCAUUGUCAAAUACA